GUUUCUCCUGUGCAGUUUGUGAUCGUGGUCGUGGACAGCACAGACAGAGAGAGAAUCUCAGUGACCAGAGAGGAGCUCUACAGGAUGUUAGCCCAUGAGGAUCUGAAAAAAGCUGGUUUGUUGAUUUUCGCCAACAAGCAAGAUGUGAAGGGUUGUAUGACUGUUGCUGAGAUUUCCCAGAGUCUUCAGCUUACCUCUGUCAAAGACCAUCAGUGGCACAUCCAGGCCUGCUGUGCUCUCACUGGAGAAGGGCUCUGCCAGGGUCUAGAAUGGAUGAUGUCACGGCUGCGAGUAAGAUGACCUCUGACCUCAGAUAGCAGUGUGCUCUAUCUUUCCCACCGGACGUGGAGGCCGGGUGUCACUCACUGUGAAGGUGACCCAGCGACGUCAAACGAACUUGUUUGAUUAAUUUAUUACAGAUUAUUGAGACCUGUGAACAAACAAUCUGCAACUAACUAACAAAAAAAUUCAGGACUUGCGAGACAGCAUAAACUCAGUGUUUUUCUGCGUGAAUGGCCUUUAAAUGAGUAACGGGGUUUGCACAGACCAUGGACUGAGAGGACUCGUCUCUAGCUGAGCAGAACCCUACCUGGAGUGGCCUCGCUGCUUUGCCCAGCUACCUGACAUGGUGUUGCCCAGUGUGUACAGUCCAGUAUUUUCAUUAACCUUGUGCCUGCACCUGACUCUCUGUCUCCUCUGGAAUGAGGAGACACAUUACCAUGCAAGAGGAGACUGCACUCAUGUAAAAUACAACUAAAUAAAGUGU